CUUACGCACGGCACAAGGACCAAUGAGAGAACGCCGUUUAUUAAACCCGGAAAAGGGAUUUUCCUGACAGGUCGGUUCAGAUUUUGACUCCGUGGUUGUUUUGGGUCGUAGCAGCAGGGUUUCAGUAUCGUUUUAUCUCUUUCUAAUGGAUACUCUUAAAAUAAGUCUAUGUGUGUCCUAAACGGAUCAUGUUGAAUACAUUUUCGGGUUCGUAUUGAGUCUUUAUUCUGAUUUUAGUUUUGUCGCAUCGGUUCAGGAUCAGGAUUUGUCAGCUCUGUCUGUGACUCAAUGAUGAAUCAAAUAUGUGACAUUCUGUCCAAACAGCUCCAUCCAGUCAGUCCAUGGCCGAUCAGCAUGAAUCCAUCGAUCUCACGUCUCCCUCAGUGGACCCCCCACCACCAUCAGCUGCUGCAGGUCACAGCUGGUUCCCCAGACCCCCUCCACCCAUGUACUCCUGCACCCUGACCCCGGAGCUGGUGGCCAAGGCACGGGAGGAGCUCCAGGAGAAACCAGAGUGGCGUCUUCGGGAUGUCCAAGCAUACUUUAUAAUUAUUUAUUUAUUUUUAUUUAUUUAUUUAUUUUUUAAUUAUUAUUAUUAUUAUUAUUAUUAUUGUUAUUAUUUUAUUUAUUUUAUUUUAUUUUAUUUUUACAGUUAAUAUGUAUCAUGAUCGGAUCGGUCCCAGGGCGGAUUAAAGUCAGCAAUAAUGUUUAAUGUCCCUUCCCUGACACAGUACAUACUUUGCAUGCAGCAUGCAAAAAACUGGAAAGAAAUCUAUUUCUGCAUAGGAACUCUGCAUGGGUUUUGCAGCCUGCUUGUUGAUUUAAUGUAUCUAUCAUUGUGCAGAGCAUAGACAAAAAACAUGCUGGUUUGCAGAAUUUAACAUAAUGAAGUUGGACUUCAUUCUGCAGUUUACCUACAUGCAUUGGAAUUAAAGAUGUUCAUUUCUAAAAAUAGGUCAUUUUGAAUAUCAACAUUUCUUUUCCAAAAGGCUGUACAGUAUUCUGCAACAUCUAUCUGCUUCAGUUCUAUCUUUUAAAAGUGAGUUAAAAGAACAUUUUACAUUUGCAUUUUAAUUUUCAGCAGCAGACUCGGUUCCGUGGAGAAUGUUGUGUUUGUGGGAGAGAGAAGUGGGUUUAAGUUAGUCUCUCAGUAUUUCCCGGCAAGUUCAAUUCGUUGUUUGUUCGUGUCUUUUCUCUGGCUUUGGUCUAAAUGAAAAAUACAGGUUGUCAUGGGACUCUCUAAUCGUAUCGCUCAGUUUCACUUUGUUUACUAACCUGAACCUGUUGAGCUCAUAUUCUCCCACCUGACUCUGUAGGAACAGCCCAACCUGAGGACCAGAUUGGAUGACGCCUUUCUCCUGCGCUUCCUGCGGGCCAGGAAGUUUGACUAUGACCGCGCCCUGCAGCUGCUGCUCAAUUACCAGGCGGGCCGUAAGGCUUGGCCGGAGGUGUUCCAGGACCUAAAACCGUCUACGGUGAAACAUGUCCUGGACCUGGGCUUCCUCACCGUCCUGCCUCAGCCAGAUCCCAACGGGAGAUAUAUUCUCUGUUUGCGGCCAGGUCAGUGACGUUUGUCUCUGUAUUUGUCGUCUUUUAGUAAAACCCCUUAGUUCCUCAUAUAUCCUCAUUGCAGUCCUGACUUGUUAGAAAUGUCUGGUGCAUCAUGAAACAAAAAUAUGACUUUACCGGUGUUGUGUAACUUCACUCAAUCUCCUCACACAGGUAAAUGGAAACCAAACGACUAUCCAUUUGUCGACAACGUGAGGGCCAUCUAUCUGACUCUGGAGAAGCUGAUCCAGCCUGAGGAGACGCAGGUGAACGGCAUCGUCAUCCUCGCAGACUACACAGGAGUGGGAAUGUCACAAGCCUCCAAUCCAGGCCCAUUCCUCGCCAAGAAAGUUGUGAGCAUCCUUCAGGUGAGGAAUGAGAAACCCAAUGACCUGAAGGUUCAGUUUUAUAAUUAAUAUCAUUUUUCUUUAGAGUGACGCAAACAUCAUCCACGCUGCAUGUUCAUUUUUGUCGUGACUUCAGAGUGUUUAAUAUUUAUGCAGUUCAUAAAUCACUCGAAACAUUUGUCAAGGAUCGGCUGUUACUGUUUUAUAAUCUGCGGAUUCUCUCUCAUUUACAGGACGGGUUUCCAAUCAGAAUCAAGGCCGUCAACAUCAUUAACGAGCCCAGGAUUUUCAAAGGCAUCUUUGCUAUAAUUAAACCUUUUCUGAAGGAGAAGAUGGCAGAGAGGGUAACUACCGUCUUUGAACUGUCUCUCACUCUUUUGUUCUUGAACGAUACGAUGAUUCUGAAUUUAUGAGUGUGUCCCUCGUCGUGUUCGGCGCAUUUUAAAAUCAUGUUUUUUUUCUGUCUGUUUUACCUUUUAAAAUAAUAAUAAUAAUAUUGAUAAUUAAUCUUUAUAUUAGCGAGAAAAAUCACAUUUGAACAGAUUCUACACCUGUCACAUGGAGGCGAUGCUGCAGAGAGAAAACUGCUCAGGAAGCACAACAAAGCUGUCUGUGUACUUAAAAGGAAACACAUCAAUGUUGCUCGUGCUUUGUUAUGUUAUUGACUAACACCAGAGAGACAAUAGUACUUUGAUUAAACAGGAAAGGGCUCAUUUUUUUUCUCUAAAGUGAGUUUCUGCAGAUUUAACAGACUAAAUCAAACCUGUGAUAUCUGAGAGAGCCAAGAUAUAUUUGUUUAAAGUCUGAUUUCUAAUCGGUCUGUCACUUCCGGGGAUCGUCACUGAGGGGUGUGGUUUUGGGAUGUUUGGUGGGUUAUUUAAAUCUCACAGGUGUAGUCAGACAAGGGUGGUGGUGAGCUCUGAUCAUUUUCUGUUUUUCACCUUUUCACACAUUUUAUUUUAACCUCAUUUCACCAUAUCACUUUUUUCAUUUGACGGCAAAAGUUUUGGAUCUGGAUCAGCGUGUUUUCUUUCCUUUUUUGAACAAAGAAUCACUUUUUAAACACUAAAACUGAACUGAUAAUUGAACAAGUCACAGAUGCAAGUGAACCUAAACCCCUGCGGCCUUUUUGUCGCUACAAUAUCCUUUGAUUCCUCGCACUAAAACCUGAACUAGAUCAAGUGUGACUCCUUUCUUUGCGGAGGUUGUAAUAUCAGCAGUUAUUGUUCCUAUUUAACAAAGCAGAGACUUAAUGAACUCAAAACUCUUGUGCGGUGAUGUUGGUAGAGUUCAGUCAGACUCAUUAGUGUGAGUGACACCCUCCACAGGACAUGAAAUAUUGAUUCUUCGAACUAAUGAGGCUGACUGUGACUUUGACGACAUGACUGACGUGUUAUUUCCUCCGUGUUUCCUCUCAGUACGUCCUCCACGGCUCAGACCUGCGCUCUCUGCACAGAAACAUCCCCCGCUCGGUCCUCCCCGAAGACUACGGCGGCACGGCGGGCCAGCUGGACAUGCACGCGUGGUCCAGACUGCUGCUGGACUGCGAGGAGGAGUUCAUAGUGGAGUUCUGCCAGCCGGAUCCACUAGAGGGCGUGCUGCUCCCAGACUCCAUGCUGUUUGAUGGAGAGCAGGCCGGCGGGCAGGACGACGACACCUUCAGGGGGUUGCGCUCUCAGCUCUACUACUGCUACUGA